AUGUCAUUUUCACCAUUGAGAAAUAACCAAAUUAGUUUUGAAGAUGAAGACUUAUCCUACUAUAUUGAAGCUUUGGACGGAUAUGAUCCUUCGCCAAUUUUCGAAGAAUAUUGCAACACAUUACAAGUUGUCAGUCCAAGUAAACUAGAAUCCACUCCCAACAACAUGGCUAACGAAACCCUUGCAACUAGCAUUCCUGGUCGGAAAAACCUCAAUGAAUUAGGAAACCCUAGUUCUUCAAAGUGCAAGAAAUCCUUCAAGUCAGAUGAAAAGAAAUGUAUUGCUCAAGGGAUUAAUAUUGGAGAAAUGGAAAAAAAGCUUGACCACAAUGCGAGGGAGAGAGUCAGGAGGAUGAAUCUCAGUGUGUCCUACCUUACCCUUCGUUCAUUGCUUCCCGAUGCUCGAAGAUCAAAGAAGAAAUGGAGUUCAGCAAAGAUAGUGGAGAAGGUGUUGGAAUACAUUCCAAAGAUAGAAGAUGAAGUGAGAAAGCUCAAGGAAAUAAUGAUCAUGAAUGAAGAAGCCAUUAAAGCUGAGAGAAUUAAGCAGAGGACUAAAUAUUCAUCUUCUAAUUCAGUUAUGGUUAGUGAAAUUAAGAGAGGUGAAGUGAUAAUCCAAGCAUGCAUGAAGAACAACAUUUUCUCAAGAAUUUUGGAGAAUCUUGAGGCAGAAGAAGAUGGUACUCUCAUAAUUUCAAGUGCAUCAAUUGUGACUCUUUCUGAUCAGACUACAGUUUGUUGCACUCUACAUAUACAGGGGAGACCUGAAACAUUUGAUCACAAGAGGAUCCCAUUUGUGCCUACGAGUCCAAUAUGA